AUGCUUCCCCAGAGUCUGACAACCACUUAUUUCACAACUGUCAGUUUGCGAAACAGUCCAAAUAUGUUGUAUGAUCUUGUGGAAACUGUGGCAUGUUGUUUUCAGAAGGGUUGCUAUUCUUUUGGCUAUGUGAUCAAGGAUAGUGACAAUAAUGUGGCGCUGACAUCUUGCAAGAGAGAGAUUGUACAUGUAACUCCAGGGCUGGAAGAGACGCUGGUUUUCCGUUGGGGUUUGCAGCUUGCGAAUCUCUCCAUCUCGAUAGAAUUCUUAUUCAUUCUGAUGCUUUGUUUGUCGUGGAUUGCAUAA